AUGGACGGUGAACCUCACGAUGUGCCAAUCUCAAGCAGAGAGCACGCACAAUCGCUUGAUGCCCAAGACCCCCUUUCCCACCUCAAAGAGCAGUUUCUCAUCCCUUCCAAAGGGCAAUUGAAAGCGGAGUCAUUGCAGGCAGCGUCUCGUGAUUCCGCGUCAGCUGAUGGCCAUGACUCUGAGAAUUCCAUCUACCUGGUGUACCUCUGUGGAAACUCUCUCGGACCCCAACCAAAGCUGGUAGCCACCCGUUUGCAGCAGCAUCUGAAUACGUGGUCCUCUCAAGGAGUCUUUGGCCAUUUCAAGGCAUUGAACCAGUCUCCCUUGCCCACAUGGCUAGAUGCCGACGCAAAGGCGUCAGAGAGCAUAGCUCCAAUCGUUGGAGCACACCCUGAUGAGGUUGCCGUGAUGCAAACACUGACGGCCAACCUACAUUUUCUGAUGAGUGCUUUUUACAAGCCGGAUAUUACGAAACGUCACAAGAUUAUCCUGGAGACCAAAGCUUUUCCUUCCGAUCACUUUGUCGUGGAAACCCAAAUCAGACACCACAACCUCAACCCAGAAACUUCCAUGAUCACAAUCUCCCCUCCGACCCCGGAAACACCUCUCACAACCGAUCACAUCAUCUCCAUCCUCGACGCCAACGCCAACGACACCGCUCUCCUCCUCCUACCCGGAAUCCAAUUUUACACCGGUCAAUUCCUCAAUAUCCCUCUCAUCACCGCUCACGCCCGCUCUCUCGGAAUCUUCACCCUCUGGGAUCUCGCUCACGCGGUUGGUAACGUCCCUCUUCAACUCCACGACUGGGACGUAGACGCCGCGGUAUGGUGUACCUACAAAUACCUCAACAGCGGCCCUGGCACCAUCGGUGGUCUUUUCGUACACUCCCGCCACGCAGAGUCAAAAGUCAAUCGUCUAGGCGGCUGGUGGGGAAGUUCAAAAUCGACUCGUUUCGCUAUGGAUAAUUCAUACUCGCCUAUUCCCGGUGCGGCAGGAUUUCAACUUUCGAACCCGAGUAUAUUAGAUAUCACCGCUCUAAAUGCGUCCCUUGAGGUCUUCGCCAUGGCAGGCGGAAUGCAGCCACUCCGUGCUAAAUCUCUGAAAUUAACUGCAUAUCUCGAAUCACUUCUUCGCGCCUCACAGGCUUUCAAGAAUCACCUUUUCAAGAUCCUCACACCUUCAGAUCCCGAACAGAGAGGUGCACAACUCAGUUUGCAACUUGUACCAGGAUUACUGCAUGUAGUCAUGCGGGAGUUGGUACUAAGAAGUGUAGUUGUCGACGAGCGACAGCCGGAUGUGGUACGCGUAGCUCCAGCACCACUUUUCAAUUCUUUCGAAGACUGUUGGGUGUUUGUGGAUGCUUUUGCACAAGCGAUUGAGAUUGCUGUGAAAGCAAAGGAGAACGGUGAUGAUGGGAAGAAACAGGGGAUCGAGGGUGGAGAGUUGGAAAUGACAAGUUAG